AUGUUUUCAUUUUCAGUAAUCACAACAACACCCUCUCGAAUUCCUAUUAUCUUAUUAUUACUAUCAAGCUAUUUCACGCCCACUACAUGUUCAGCAAACGAUAGCUGUUUCUUCCCUAAUGGCGGGCUAGCCAAUUCCUACACAGCAUGCUCGUCCACUGGCGCCAGCCACUCCUCUUGCUGUAUAGACGGCGACGUCUGCACCAGUGCCGGGUAUUGUGUUAGCAAUUCCAAAGGAUACGUAUAUCGAGGAGCGUGCACUGAUAGCGAUUGGGGAAAUCCAUGCCCUGAUUAUUGCUUGGCAAACACAAACUCUCAGCAAGCUGACUUGGGAUUUCCUUUGGUUGGAAAAGAUGGGAAUAGUAGUGCUGUUAAGGUUAUUGCUUGUAAUGCGGCUGAUGACGAUGGGACGUGGUGUUGUGCAUAUGACGGCAAUUGCUGCGCAUCAGAGACUUGGGCUCCAGUCUUCGGAACUGUGCUUGCAGGAGAAACUACGUCUUCAACCAGGGCUAGCAGCACAUCAUCUGCUGCAUUUUCUGCGAGCCAUACCGCGGGCGCAUAUCCAUCUCCAUCUUCCGCAGCCGCAGUGGGGAUUAUCGUCAAUAGGUCACCCGCAACCUGCCAAACCGGUACAUCGCCAACCUCAAAUCCAAAUAACAAGACAGCGACGAUCGUUGGUGCUUCUGUCGGAGUACCGCUGGGUCUUCUCGCCCUAACAUGCGCGAUACUAUUCAUCAUAGAGAGGAACAAGCGGAAGAGCAUGGAGCGGGACACGACAUGGGAUCGUUUGAAGACAGUGUCUAUGACCAGGCGGCCGGCGAGGACGUCGUGGGCGAGACAGCAACCGCUGACGCCACCGAGGCAUGCACCAACUGGGGCGCCGGUCUAUGUAAAGCAGUGGGAAUCGUUGGAUUGA